AUGCGCGAGGAGGGAGAGUGGGACAAGCUGGGGGCCCUUGCAGAUCUGGACGAGUUCUUUGAUGCGCCGUACUUUAGGCGCGGCUGGAUCAAGCAAGAACUCGUCUUCCGGCGCGGCGACCACAGGAUCGACGGGGAUAUCCUAUACGCAGCGCUGCAGUUUCACACUCGGCAUUGGCAAUACGAAUCUAUGAAACUCAAAGCCGUGACGGGGAAACCCUUGACUCCUGAAAUCCGCGAAAAGAUGGAGAUCCUGCUCGGCGAGAGGCCGGGACGAGACGCGGCAAACGCGAGUCUAGUGGCUCGUGCAAAGCUCCACGGCACCGCGGACGAACCGCCCGCGACCCUGGGCACGCUUAUCCGCAGGUUCCGGCUAAACCCUACUUACACGGUCGGGGUGGCCAGGGACGACGCGACCAUAUUUUCGAUGCCAAAGGACUACGUGUAUGGACUUUUGGGCCUGGCUAGCGAUGCCGUAGAGCUUCGAAUCCCUAUCCACACGAGCGAAGAUGUCUCCAUGGAGGACGUAUACGUUGAUGCUACGAGACGUAUCAUCGACGCCGGAGACGUGGACUUUCUUUUCUUGGCCCACCGCACCGCGUCGCACCAGAGCUUACCGUCUUGGGUUGCUGAUUUCCGCUCAAUCUCUUCGGUGCCCCAUCUCACCUUUCGAACCAUUUCAUCCGCGAAACCGUUCUCGGCGAGUCUACAUCGAUCCCAGCCAGCCAGGCCGGCGGAGGCCGGAUCCGAGGAUCCUAUGGCAUUAUCGCUCCAAGGCAUACUUGUCGACACAGUUGAGAAGAUAGGCGAGAUUUGGCCGGCCGAAGAACACGGGGAUCGAACCAGCGCAGCGGAAUCGCGGAAACUCGAGAUGCAAAUGGCCAAGUUGCGUCCCGGCGGGGUGCUGUGCAACAACUACGCGUCGUCCCUCGCCGUGUCCGAGGUUCGGCGGGGCUUCCUGGGCGCCGACGGCUUCGUGGGCAUCGGGCCUCUGGAGAUGCGCCGGGGGAUGUCGUCUGCGUGCUCUUUGGCGCGACGCUGCCCGUUGUCUUGCGUCCUGUAG